ACCCACAAGAUGGCGGCGGUUGAAGAUUUGGAAGUCGAUGUCCAAAGUGGUCACGAAUAUGACCACGAAAACAGCCAGCAUGCGGGUCAGAACGGGUUUUCUGGUGUCCAGCCGUCUGCAAACUCCAGUACAGGAGACCAGCCGGCCGUGGACCCGUACAAACAGAGACACAGCGUUCUGAAGAGGAAGUGCGAAGAAGUACAGUUGACUAAUGAAAGACUGGUAAACAGACUUCAUCAUGUCAAGAGAAUCAUCCGGAGACUGAAGAGAGAGAGAAGGUUUCUUACAAAGAAGCUUGACGACCAUGGUGAUGACUACAAAGCUGCACUACUGUCACUUCCCGAGGAGGUAAGUGUUGGAUACCAGUACCAGCCUCCUCCCAACUACCAGCUGUUUCAGCAGGGCACCAUGGGAGAUCUGCAGUCCUACCCAGGCAGCAUGGGUCCCCACAUGGCCCCCAGCAUGGCGCCCGGCCUGCUGCCCUUCCCUGGGUCUGCUACAAUCACACUACAGGCCUCCGGCAAGAAGAAACACAAACAGGUGAAGACCAAAUCUGAGAAAGAGAAGGACCCCAAUGCCCCCAAGAAGCCGGCCAACGCGUUCUUCAUGUUCUGCCAGCAGCGGCGGUCCCAGGUGCAGGAAACUUACUACAAGGAACACAAGGAGGAAAUCGGGCACCAUGAACUGACCAAACGGCUGGCUAAGAGUUGGAACAGCCUGUCUUCUGAGGACAAGAAGAGAUACUAUGACAUGUACGAGAAAGACAAGGAGCGCUAUGAAAGGGAGAUGAGAGAGUACACGAGUAACCCCAACCCCUCCGCAACUUCCACUGUCACCUCUGCACAUGGAGGGGAGGAGGUCAAGGUCAAGAAGGAAGACGUGGACAGUGGGGAGAGUUUACACAUCGACGUGGAGUCAUCGGGGGACUCUGUCAGUGUGGGACAGUCGUGUGAACCUAUUGUAUCAACCAAUCAAUUCUCCCUAACCAUGCCCAGCCAACUAACAGAGGAAGACACGUAACAUUGCAACGAAACUACCAGGAUUUGUUUUUCAAUGACAAUGAUAUUACAUCACAAGUUAGGCAAAGUAACAGAUUAAAAGUGUUGUUACUUGUAAACAGAGAUAAGACAUCAUAUAAAUGUGUACUUUACUGUUAAUGUCAUGACCAUAUAUCUGUGCCUCAAUGACACUCAAUUUCCUGUUUAAUCAAUAUAACAUUGUCUUGACAAGGCUAAAAUUUCUCAUAUUGUUUAACCUUUAAAUUGCAUGAUUCAAGAAAAAUGUAGUGACUUGAACAAUGAAAGACUUAAACCAUUUCUACAUUAUUGUAUAUUCUUAGCAGCCACAAACAAAGAUAAGAACAGUAAAGGCAUUUCUACCAAUUUGAGUGUUAUUAAAUACAUUCAUUCUUACAGUAAAUCACUUUGUUUACUCAUUCUGAAUACAAGCAUCUCUAAAAGUGAACAAUAUGAGACAACAGAUGUCACUUCCUCUACUUUAACAAUAGUGUCAAGG